AGCUUCUCCCUGAUCCUUUGUUCCUGCUUAUUCAGAGCGGACACCAAAGGAGAAGUCACAGCAAAGAAGUUGCCACCAAGCAGCCCAAGAGGCCUAGAAGCAAACCUGGAGGUGAGACCUGGAGAAAGCUGGAACCAUGCUGACCUUGUGUCCUACGAAGAGGCAGAUUCAGCACCUGCGAAGCCUGCUGUCAGUGCAGAUGAAGGAGAUGGGGGUCCCCAAAUCUGCCGUGUAUGUGGGGAUAAGGCGACUGGUUAUCACUUCAAUGUCAUGACAUGUGAAGGAUGCAAGGGCUUUUUCAGGAGAGCCAUGAAACGCAACACCCGGCUGAGGUGCCCCUUCCGGAAGGGCACCUGCGAAAUCACCCGGAAGACCCGGCGUCAGUGCCAGGCCUGCCGGCUCCGCAAGUGCCUGGAGAGCGGGAUGAAGAAGGAGAUGAUCAUGUCCGACGCGGCUGUGGAGCAGAGGCGGGCUCUGAUCAGGAGGAAAAAGAGAGAACGGAUGGGCACUCAGACCCUGGGAGCCAAGGGGCUGACUCAGGAGCAGCAGACAAUGAUCAGAGAACUGAUGGAUGCUCAGAUGAAAACCUUUGACACCACCUUCUCCAAUUUCAAGGACUUCCGGCUGCCAGAAGUGCCCAGCAGUGGUCACGAGGUUCCGGAAUCCCUGCAGCCUCCAGCGGGGGAAGAAGCUGCCAAGUGGAGCCAGAUCAGGGAAGAUCUGUGCUCACUGAAGGUCUCUCUGCGCCUGCGGGGGGAAGACGGCAGCAUCUGGAACUACAAACCCCAACCUGAUAGCAGUGGGAGAGAGAUCUUUUCCCUGCUGCCCCACAUGGCUGACAUGUCAACCUACAUGUUCAAAGGCAUCAUCAACUUUGCCAAAGUCAUCUCCCACUUCAGGGAUUUGCCCAUCGAGGACCAGAUCUCCCUGCUAAAGGGGGCCACCUUUGAGCUGUGCCAGCUGAGAUUCAACACGGUGUUCAACGCAGAGACGGGAACCUGGGAGUGUGGUCGGCUGUCCUACUGCUUGGAAGACCCCGCAGGUGGCUUCCAGCAGCUUCUCCUGGAGCCGGUGCUGAAGUUCCACUACAGGCUGAAGAAGCUGCAGCUGCAUAGGGAGGAGUACGUGCUGAUGCAGGCCAUCUCUCUUUUCUCUCCAGGUGACGACCCCACCUGGCCUGCUUGGCCACUCCCCUCCAGCACCUCCAGCCCCAGGCUUGCUUGCAUUCCCUCAGCUUUAGGAGGAGGUGGCAGCUCACCCCUGCCCUCCCCAGGGAGGGUCCCAGCCUCUGGGCUUGCCCCCGUUUGCUGCAUGGCCAGGAGGGGGUCCCUGGCUAGCUUCUCCCUGGGUUGGCGGGGUGAUGUCCCCUUCGAGUGCCAUCCUCCCUUCCCUGCCUGGGUGCCUCUGGCUCCGGAAGGUGGUUGGCUGGCCAUUUGCACUCUCUGGCUGGCCCGAUCUUGUCUGCCCCCACGGCCUUGCUGGCACCACGCUGUCUUCCCGUCCCCCGCAGACCGCCCAGGUGUGGUGCAGCGCAGUGUGGUGGACCAGCUGCAGGAGAGAUUUGCCAUUGCCCUGAAGGCCUACAUCGAGUGCAGCCGGCCCCAGCCUGCCCACCGGUUCCUGUUCCUGAAGAUCAUGGCUAUGCUCACCGAGCUCCGCAGCAUCAAUGCCCAGCACACCCAGAGGCUGCUGCGCAUUCAAGACAUACACCCGUUCGCCAGCCCCCUCAUGCGGGAGCUGUUUGGCAUCACAGAUGGCUGAGAAGCUGCCCCCUUGGGAGAGCCUCGGGUGGUGGGGGGUGCAGCCAGAGCCAGAGCCCUGUCCUUGGAGCCACCAUUCCUGGAUCCAGACAGACGGAUACCGCUGAGAGCCGACAAUGCCCUACUGGUCGUGCCCACCCCAGGGAAUCCACAAGUACAGCUCUGGCAGUGUUGCCUAGCGUUCCUCAGGGAAGGAAUGAGGGUCUUCCUGGACUCCAACCCAGUCUGUGGAGAGGGAAGCCAUAGACACUUCGAUGGAGAGUGCACUGGCCUGUCCAGAGGCAAGAGCACCCUCCCCUUAGAGAUGGCCCUGUGGUCUGGGCAUCUAGUGUCAUGGUGGGAGAGGGGAAAGGGUGCCUGGGGCUGGACCAUCUGAGAGUCUGUGCCCACAGCCAGGUUCAUUAGCUUCUUGGAUGUUUUCUCUACAUAGCCCCGUGUCCCUCACCGCACUCAUUUCCAGCCCGCAGCCACCUGUCCUGACCUGCUCAGUGAGUUUCCAAGCCUGUGUUCAUUAGCUGGUGUAUCUGUGUCUGCGAGAGGAGCCAGAAGGCCUGCAGCAGAUGUUAGAGGCCUAUCAUGACCACUGGGUCUAUUCUUUCUUCCUUCUGGACCCUCGUUCUGUGUCUUUGUAGCCAUACAAACACAUUCGUAAGCACCAACAACAUGCAGCUUUCUGUGGGGUAUUUGCCGACUCAGACAUAGCUCCUGAACUCCAAGACUUUCAAGUUCAACUUAACAAAGCAGAAACACAAGAGUUUUGAUCCAAAGAAGUGGUAAGGGCCACAAGAAGCAAGAGGAAUUUCUUCCUGUGAACACUGAGCUAUGUGGGGUUCUGCAUGCACCUGAGGACCCAAGUGAGGGAUCUCUGGAACAUGUGUUUGUGGGAGGAAGGGCACUAACUGGCUGAGUGCACAUUGCGUGACUUAGUGUAGGUUGGCUCUGCGUCAGACCUGGGGCUUGGGUCUGCCCCCGAGGGUGGAACACUAGGGUGCUCUCUGCAACAAGGUUAUGUUAAUAAACAUGCUAGCUAUCACGCCCUGUAUGCUCCUGUUUACACAUCUGUUUGGAAAGCUAAAGAGUAUGAAAGUGUUUGCUUUGUUUAUAGCCAUUUUGAGUAAACAUGUUUUUGCCUUUCCUGCAAAUUACAUUUUGACUAAUUUUACGUAAGGCAUUCUGCACCUAAGGACAGGAUUUAGCAAAUAUGUUCCUGAGUUUAGUGUCAAAUCAAGUCAAGAGGACUAAGUAAUUAAUUUGUGGCUAGAGAUUUAAACUUUUUUUUUGGUCUUCUUUUCUGGGGAAAAAAGAAAUGUGGGGGUGGGAAAAUAGAAAUAUUAUUUCAUAACAUACAUAUCUAUUUCUUCACUACUUGUUUUACUACUGCCGUUUGCACAUCUGAAGGCUGUUGGUAUAAAAACAAAAAUGAUUUAACUUGGUUUGCUCAUAAAAUUAUUCCAUAUAAAGAUCCAUGUAAAGAUGAUACACCCUGCAAUAUAGUAUAUGUGUUGGUGUGUUUAUGUACCAGAAUUAAAACUGUAGU